AUGACAGAGGAGUUCUUCACAUCAUAUGAUGAGGUUUCUGAAAGCUUUGAUUCCAUGGGCUUAGGAGAAAAUCUUCUGAGGGGAAUUUAUGCUUAUGGAUUUGAGAAGCCAUCCACAAUUCAGCAGAGGGGGGGACUUGUUUCAUUCAGCAUAGGAUCUGGAACUGGAAAAACCUACUCUGGGAUUCUUCGGCAGCUCGGAUAUGGGCAUGCUGAAAUCCAAGCCUUAGUCCUUGAUCCUACAUUCCUCUCUAAGAUUGCUCCGCAGCGCUUUUAUGAAAUGGUUGGACGUGAGGAUUUAGUCCUCGCUCCUCCUCCUCGUGAUCUAGCACCUCGCUGGAAGAUGGUGGCGCCUCACCAGAGGAGGUGUUCUGACAAAGGGUGGCGCAGUAAGAAAAUGUUUAGUCGCAGAUGUUGAAUUGAAUGCAGCAGCAUCCAGUGACUGAUUGGUGCAAUAGAUCGUAUAAAUAUAGUUAACGUCUUCUUUAGCGAUGAUGGAUAUGAGUCGAUGUUUGAUCUCGAAGCACAUAGAUUCAUGCUAUUUGGAAGCUUACCUUCCACUUAUUUAAUUUUCAACCUCUUUUGGAAUGGAUUAUUUGAAAAUGUCUCCUUCUCAAUAAUUACAAUAUUACAUGACUAACUUGAUUUAUUUUAUUCUAAGUGGUUUGUUAAUGUUCA